ACUUUCUAUUCUUUUUUAUUCCUUUCUAGUAAAUGGUAAACACUUUCUACGAAAUUUGAAUUGCGUGACAAAAUCAUCCAUGGGGUGGUUGUCGUUGCUAUUUCAAAUUAUUUUAUGCUUACAAUAUUUGCUCUUUGAUUUUCCAGCUUUUUCUUCUUCCCAAUUCAUAUGUCAUCCUGACCAAAGCUCUGCAUUACUUCAAUUUAAAAACUCUUUAGUUACUAAUACUAUUUAUGCUUGUGAUGAAUCUCUGAAGAUUGCAACAUGGAAAAACGGAACUGAUUGUUGCUCAUGGCUUGGAGUCACAUGCAACACUCUCUCUGGUCAUGUUAUUGGCCUAAACCUCAGUUGUGAAGGACUCCAAGGUAUAAUCCAUUCUAAUAGUACCCUUUUCCAUCUUUCUCAUCUCCAAACACUUAAUCUUUCUUUUAAUGUUCUUUCCCAGUUCCAAUUUCCGUCUCAGUUUGGUGGGAUGUUUAUGAGUCUCAAACAUCUUGACUUGUCUUAUUCUUACAUCAGAGGUGAAAUUCCUUCUGAAAUUUCACAGCUUUCCAAGUUAGUCUCACUUAAUCUCACUUGGAAUUUUGAAUUAAAAUGGAAAGAAACCACUUUGAAGAGUCUUCUACAAAAUGCAACAAAUUUAAGGGAACUUCUUUUGGAUAAUACAAAUAUGUCUUCAAUAAGGCCAAGCUCAAUGCCUCUGCUACUAAAUUUAUCUUCCUCUUUGGUUACUCUUAAUCUAAGAUCAGUUGGGUUAAGUGGAAGCUUGACAAAUGAGAUUAUUUGUUUACCAAAUCUUCGACAACUAUAUCUAACAAAUAAUUUCAACCUUGGAGGCCAUCUUCCUAUGUUGAGUUGCAGCAAUGCUCUCAAUAUCAUGGAUCUUUCAGGAUGUAAAUUCCAAGGACCGUUUCCUGUGUUUUUCUCUAACCUCUCACAUCUUACUUACCUGAGUCUCUCAAGUAACAUCCUCAAUUGUUCAAUUCCACCCUCACUUUUAACCCUUCCAAGUUUAUCCUUCUUGUAUCUAAAACAUAGUAAUCUCAAUGGCCAUCUCCCAAAUGUCUUUCAUCAGUCAAACAAAUUUCAAGAAUUAGAUUUGAGUGAAAACAAUAUAGAAGGUGAGUUGCCAUCAUCACUUUUGAACCUUCAACAUCUCAUUCGUUUGGAUGUUUCAGGAAAUCAACUUAAUGGUUUAAUUCCAUCAUCACUUUCAAAUCUUCUUACUUUCUUGAACCUUUCAUUGAACCGUUUCAGUGGUUUGAUCCCAUCAUCACUUUCACAUCUUCAACAACUCAUUUACUUGGAUCUUUCACAUAACACAUUUAGUGGUCAAAUCCCAAAUGUGUUUGGUGGACUAAACAAAUUGAAAUCUCUUGAUCUUAGUUUCAACAAUUUAGGAGGACAAAUUCCAUCUUCAUGGUUUGACUUGACUCAACUUUCUUACUUGGAUUGUUCUAAUAACAGAUUAGAGGGUCCUUUGCCUAAUAAAAUUACAAGGUUUCCAAACCUAACCGACUUGCGCUUAAAUAACAACUUGCUAAAUGGGACAAUUCCUUCAUGGUGUUUAUCUUUACCAUCUUUGGUAAAUUUGUAUCUAUCAUAUAAUCAAUUUGAAGGGCAUGUAAGUGCAAUGUCAUCACAUUCCUUGGAGAAUCUAUAUUUGUGUAGUAACAAGUUACAAGGUAAUAUUCCAGAAUCAAUUUUCAACCUUGUAAACCUUAAAUACUUGUGUCUAUUUUCAAACAAUUGGAGUGGUACUAUCAAUUUCCAACUCUUCUCCAAGUUUCAAAAUCUGGAAGUUCUUUCCCUUUCACAGAAUAGUCAAUUAUCACUAAACUUUGAAUCCAAUGUCACUUACAGUUUCUCUCAUUUAAAAGCUCUGGAAUUAUCUUCUAUCAAUUUGACUGAAUUUCCCAUAUCAUUUGAAAAAUUUCCAAGUUUGAGUUAUAUUGAUUUGUCCUACAAUAAACUUGAUGGAAGGUCACCCAAUUGGUUACUACAUGAAAUGGAUUCAUUAAGUUUUUUGAACCUCUCUAACAACUUGUUGACAUCAAUGGACCAACUGCCAAGGAAUUAUGGGUUCAGUUACCUUGAUCUUAGUUUCAACUUAUUGGCUGGUGACAUCUCUUCACUAAUUUGCAAUGCAACUUCACUUGUGAUUCUCAAUUUGUCACACAACAAGUUGGCUAGCAUUAUUCCUCAAUGCCUUGUAAACUUAUCAUCCCUUCGAGUUCUAGAUCUACAAAUGAACAAACUUUUUGGCCCUUUGCCAAGAACCUGUUCGAAGAACAACCAGCUCAGUACUUUGAAUCUCAAUGGGAACAAAUUAGAAGGUCUUUUGCCUAAAUCUUUGUCCAACUGCACACAAUUGGAGCUUCUAAAUCUUGGCAACAACCAAAUAAAGGGUGAAUUUCCGCAUUGGCUUCAAACUUUACCACAUUUGAAAGUGUUGAUUUUGCGAGCCAAUAAAUUGCAUGGUUCUAUUGCUAGUUUAGAGAUCAAGGAUAUGUUUCCUAGUUUAAUCAUUUUUGAUGUAUCAUGCAAUAACCUCAGUGGCCCAAUACCAAAAGGCUACAUAAAAAAUUUCAAAGCCAUGAAGAAUGUGCUUCAAGUUGAAGGGCACAGCAAUUUGCAAUACAUGUGGGCAGGAUUAGGUGUUGAUGCAAGUCAAACAAAAAUUAACCUGUUCUAUGAUUCUGUGAAUAUAACAACAAAAGGGAUCACUGUCAUGCUCACAAAAAUUCCAACAGUCUUUGUAUAUAUUGAUUUAUCAAGCAACAAAUUUGAAGGAGAGAUUCCAAAUUAUGUUGGAGAGCUUCAUGCACUCAUAGGGCUCAACCUUUCCCAUAAUAGACUGAUUGGUUCUAUUCCUCACUCAAUGGGAAAUUUGGUUAACUUGGAAUCAUUGGAUCUAUCCUCAAAUAUGCUUAUUGGUGGCAUUCCUACAGAACUAAUCAAUCUAAACUAUCUUGCAGUUUUGAAUCUUUCCCAUAACCAUCUUGUGGGAGAAAUACCUCAAGGGAAGCAAUUCAACACAUUUUUAAAUGAUUCCUAUGUGGGAAACUUGGGGUUAUGUGGAUUUCCAUUGUCAAUGAAAUGUAGUAAGGGUCCUGCACAACACACUCAACAUGAACAAAAAAUUGAAUUUGGCUGGAAACCAGUGGCUAUAGGAUAUGGAUGUGGCAUGGUGUUUGGAGUGGGCUUGGGAUGUUGUGUACUGUUAACAGGGAAGCCUCAAUGGCUUGUAAGGAUGGUCCAAGGUCACCAAAAUAGAAGGCCUAAAAGGAGGACAAGGAUGAGGACUCAUGGAACAAUGAAUCAAUAACACUCAUAAUGCUUGUCUUCUCUUAAUUAUUUUCUUUUUUAUAUAUUUUUCUUAGCCUUUUUUGGAAAUAAAUGAGUAUCACAACUUUGUCUCUCUUGUUUGAUCUAAUUAAACCUUGAAUUGUAAGUUUCUUAUCCACAUGAAUGCAAAUAG